CUAUUUUGAGAGAGAACCUUCCUAAAUACCACAGAUCGGUUCUCUGGGAUUACUCUAAUCUGGGUUUGUGUUCCUGGUUCUGGGCUGUGCGCUCCGCCCAGUGGGAGGUUGGGUGGUGUCAGCGGAGUGCUUUCAGUCAAAAGUGGUUCAACUUGUUGCCCCCGUUUGAGAACUGGACAGGGCCGAUGACAGAACCAGGACCGGGACCGGAACUAACCAGCUCCAGCAACCUGCAGCAGUGCGCGUCCUGCUCAGGUAAGAUGACCGGAGACCAAUUGACCUGUGGACACUCUGUCUGUGUCUCCUGCCUCGGAGACAAAAGCUGUCCGACGUGUCUAAAGAAUCCCGCGGAACCGGAUCCCGAGAACGGCCUCAGACAGAACGGAGCAGCUGAGCGGAAAGAGGACCUGGGUCAGGAGGAGGACUCCACACCAGAACAAAUCAGAACGCAAGCAGACCUGAAUGAGUCCGAUCCCCAAAAACCAGAGGUGGACCGGAAGACGGCGGAGACGGAACAGCAGGUCCAAACUGUGGAGCAGAAGGAGGAACCGUUGGGUCCUAACGAUGUGGUGUGUGACUCCUGCAUCGAGAGUCCCCGCAGGGCUCUCAAGUCCUGCCUCACCUGCUUGGUUUCGUACUGCGAGGCCCACCUGCGGCCCCACCUGGAGAACCCCAAGUUUCAGAACCACCGGCUGGUGGAGCCGCUCGGGGACAUCGAGAGGCGGACCUGUGAGAGCCACAAGUGGCCCCUGGAGCUGUUCUGCUCCGCUGAUGGUUCCUGCAUCUGUCAAGACUGCGUGACGGAGGAGCACCGGGGCCACACUGCGGUCCCGGUGGGGGAGGCCCGGAGACGGAUUGAGAAAGAGCUGAAGGAGAAACAAACCGAUGUGGGGAAGACCGUGACAGCAGCGGAAAACGCCAUCAACAAACUCCAAGCCAACACCGUUUCUAUUGAGCAUUCAGUGACGGAAGUCCGAGCUGUGAUCGAAGCUCAGUUUCAGGAACUGCAGGUGAAGGUGGAGCGGGCCAAGAAGGAGGUGACGGAGAUCCUGGAGGGCGAGGAGAGCCAGGCGCUGAAGCAGGCCGAGGGCAUCCGGGCUCACCUGGAGCAGAGGUGCUCUGACCUUAAGAAGACUCAGGCCCAGAUGGAGAAGCUCUCCAAGAAUCAGAAUGAUGUGGACUUCCUGCAGGAGUAUGCCAACUGGAAGAAAGACGCUGCUGAUGGCUCUCUGCCUGGGAUCUAUAUCGGCCUGAUGGAUCGCCUGGACUCCUUCAGCCAGGUGGUCAUUGAAUCCACACAGGAGCUCUGUGACAUCUUGAUGUCCUCCUACAUCGAGAAGGUCAAAGGGACGUGUAAAAAUGACAAAAUGGGGAUAAAGACAACAGUUCACGCCAAACGAAACAGGUUUUUACCGGAUCCAAAGACACGAGAUGACUUCCUGAAAUAUUCUUCUCAGUUGAGCUUCGAUGGUGAAACUGCCCACAAGUUCCUCCGUCUGACUGAGGAGAACAGGAAGGUGACCAACACCACACCCUGGCAGCAUCCUUAUCCUGAUGUACCGGAGAGGUUUGAGCACCAUCGGCAGGUUCUGGCGGCAGAGAGCUUCUAUCUGGACCGCCACUACUUUGAAGCGGACAUCAGCGGGGAUGGAGUGCACAUCGGCCUGACCUACAAGAGCGUCGACCGUAAGGGGAGCGAGAGUAACAGCUGCAUCACAGGCAACAACUUCUCCUGGUGUCUCCAGUGGAAUGGACGCACCUUCUCAGCCUGGCACAGUGAUGUGGAGACUCCACUGAAUGUGGAGAGGUUCCCUCGGAUUGGGGUUUACGUUGACUACCCACGAGGCCUCCUGGCUUUCUAUGGAGUGGGUGACACCAUGACCCUCAUCCACAAGUACGAGGCAGAAUUCCUCGAGCCGCUCUACCCAGCUUUCUGGCUGUCCAAGAAGGAGAAUGUUGUUGCCUUGGUGUCACCUGGGGAGCUUUUACCUCUGAAGAGCCCCUCCCCUCCUACGCCACCUCUCAACGAAGCUGUUGUUGCACAAACCUAAAAAUAAAGUUUACAAACGCUCACAUGACAUCUGCAAUGUGGAAAUUCUUUACAUUUAACCUGUUUACAGCUGAUCGUUGGUGUUACAAAAUUACAUCAUCUCAUAUUUUUGAGUGAUGCCUUAAUGUGCUUUUUGAACUACGGUUACUAGAAAUGUUCUGUAUUUUUACUAUGCAAAUAAAAAAACAGUAUAAAGAAUUAAGUAUAUUAUAGAAUUAGACAAUAUGUAUUUUAGUCUGUUUUUUUUUAUCUUUUACGACGAAUCAUUUGGUAAACAGUUCUGUAACCAUUUAUUACUUUGAUUAGGGUUAUUAAAUGAGUUUGAUCUGUUUGAGUCUCAAAUGGAUAAAUGCAUCUCUGCAGAAGCUGCCACCCCUUCAUGUCCUUCCACAGAAACUGGAAUCAUUCUAACAGUUGGUACAGUCUUUGAUGUGUUGGUUGUGGUGCGGAUUGGCAAAUGUUAUUAACCUGAUAAUAAAUCCAAUUUCUGACCGCU